AUGGCAGCCGAAGGCAGCGGCACGGCCCGGCUGAAAAGCGCUCUGGAGGAAAUCGAUGAAAACGAUGACGAUUUCGUGUUCACCAUUCGCAAGCCCGGGACCGGGAACAACGGGACUGGCGACGAUGACGAUGGGGAGGAUUUCGUGUUCAACAUCCCCAAGAAGAUCGUUCAGGCAGUUGCUGCGCCGAUCAUCUUCACCAGCCCGCAUCCCAGGCAGACGCCUGGGUUCGGCCAGGGCCCGACUGGAGCUAGUGGGAACAGCGGGAGCAGCAACCGGGUUCCCUCGGGACAACAGUCAGGGCGAAAGAGCCCUGCCAUGUCUGGCGCUAAGGUUUCCCCCGACGAUGCAGCCGCAGCAGGAGGGGGAGAGGGAGGAGGCGAGGGAAACCCGGCCCAGAGCGGGCUGAUAGCCCGAGCCAGAGCAGCGUGGUCUGUGCAGGUGGGGCGGUCGGGAGGGAAGGAUGGCGGGGGGACGUGGGAGGGGGAGAAGAUCCGGGGGCAGGUGGGGAAUCUGGCCCCGUCGGGGCUGACCUGGGAGGAGGAGAUUGCGUCGCAGCUGGCGUCGGUAGGGGUGCUGGUGGGGCCGGCGAAAGCCCAGGCCAUGGCUGCUGCUGCCGCUGCUGGUGGAGGAGGUGGAUCUGGUAGUGCUGCUGCUGCUGGUGGCGGGUCCGGAGGAGCGGGUGCAGGAGGAGGAGGAGGAGCGGCAGGGGGAGGGGCAGCAGGAGCAGGAGAAGGGGGAGGAGGGGGAGGAGCAGCAGCAGGAGGGUUUGGCAUGCAGGGGUCGCGGCUGAGGGACCGGGUGUAUGUGGGCAUGCCCGCACAGGCGGCUGGGAGGAUUUUUGCCCGCAACACGUCCAUGCCCAAUGGCGGGCGGCCAGCUGGCGGCGCGAUUGGAGCUGGCCUAGGCGGGGGCCUGGGGCGGCUGGCUCGGGGGCUGAAGAAGACUUUCAACCUGCAGAGCAGUCAUGACAAGCUGAUUGGGUGA